AUGAAAUUUCUGGGUUCUCCUACCCCGUCGUCAGUCACUGUCGAUAAUCUCCCAAGUCUUCCUGAUCCUGUCCAACUCGUUGGUGUUUCAGAUCCAUUCGGUUUGGGCGAGCUACCCGAAGUUCCUGUCCCACCUCCACUAUCGAGUCAACGAGAACCCUUCAAUACAAGCAACAACUGCGUACCUGAUCUUCCCCAUCCCACUGAUCCCCAAGCUCAACCGCAGUCUUCUUUUUCAAUCAACAACGAACUAUACGCACAGCUUCUUGAUCUUGGUUUCGACGACUUUACUGCACGUCUAGCUCUUAUUCGCACUGCGAACACCGGUGUUGAAGAGGCUGUGAAUUGGAUAAUUGAGCGGUCGAAUCCGAGUGAUUUUGAGGACAACUCAUCAAGCAGCGACGGAGGCGAGGACGUAGAAAUGGGAGCAGUCAACUCUACAGGUGGGGAUAAUAAUCAAUCUUCCAGUGUUCUCAGUGCAUUUCCUCAAGUGUUUUCUCUUAGUAAGUAA